GUCAAUGGCACUUGAGGAAGAUGUGGUGCACACUGCACUGGUCGUACCCUAAAGGAAUUUUAGUGACCAAUGGUGAAGUGGAAAGUUGAGAAAUUGCUUUUAUUUUAUUUUGCCCAGUGUCGAGCUUGUGUUUCUGUUUUUUGAGAAAUUUAAUUUUUAGAUUUAGUUUGCGAAAAUUGUUGAUUUCGUGUGUUGCACAAAUGAACACUUGGCUGCAUAUGCGCUCUGAAAUUCACUUAUUCACAGCAAACACAUGACAUCGCACUGAGUACACAGUUUUGUAAAUAAUUAUACGUUAAGCGAUCAAAAUGCCCCCCCCCCCCCCCUGCAUGGCAUUGAUUGUGUAAUGCGUAUAAAGAAGAAUAAAAAAAACAUAGAAGAAUAACUUGUUAGCAGAAUUUUUGAAAUGCCGCUAUCAUCUAUUAUUUUAUAGAAAAAAUUCGAAAAUCAACAUUAGAUGGCGUCUAUAGCUAAGUUUAACACAAUUUUGAAAAUGCCGGGUCAAUUUUCCCCAAAAAUCAACGUUAGAUGGCGUAUGUAUAGCCAAGCUGUCAUUAACUUUCAAACUUUUGAAAAUUUCCCAACGAAUUUUGUGGUUCUGGUUAAUACUAAAGUUACUAAAAAACUAGACAGUAGAGAAUCUUCUUUCUAAUUGUUCAACGGUUAUAGUUAGUUAUGAGUUUCAAUAGUUUCAAAACUCCUAUGAAAAAUAGGAUUCAUUCGUUACAAAAUGAAGAAUUUGGAGAAAGUCCUGGAAGGAAAAUCGUUAUACCCUCUUCACCCUCAUUAGAGAGACUGGGGUAUGGAACAGGAGUAAGUGUCUAUUUGAUGGAGAGAGGUCCAAUUUCUGGAGGUUAUCGCUCUCCAUGGGCUGUCAAGAAAGUGGCCAAACGUUAUGACAAUCAAGAAAACCAAGACUUCAGCAAACGAUUACUGGAAGAGGCAGAAAUAUUGAAGAAGUUAGAACAUCCACACAUUAUUGGUUUUAGGACUCUAACAAAAGCACUAGAUGGGACCUGGUGCAUGGCUAUGGAGAAAGCUGAGAACUCUUUGAUGGAUCUCAUCGAACAGCGUUUGGAUAGCCAAGCUGGCCCUUUCCUACCACAGCAGAUUAACCGUGUGGGUGUGGAUAUUGCCAAAGCCCUGGAUUACCUACACACUGAGAAGCUUUUAAUGCAUGGCGAUAUGAAGAGUGGCAACGUGCUUAUUUUCGGUGACUUUCGUCUGGCCAAGCUGUGCGAUUUUGGCGUUACCAUGACAUUGAAUGAAGCCAACGGUCGAGUAAUACCAGAACAAUUUUAUGUCGGCACUCAAGCCUGGUCUGCUCCAGAAGUUAUCAAACUGGAUGAAACCUUUGAAAACGACGAAGUCGUCAUCACCUGCAAGGCCGAUAUGUUUUCGUAUGGUUUGACCAUUUGGGAGAUGUUCAGUUUGUGCGUCCCACAUGUUGAUUUGCUCCAAGAUGGCGAGGAAGAAGAAGAAGAACUCGAAGAACAAACCGACGAGUCUUACGCAUCCGCUAUCGACGAUUUCGCAUAUCACGAAGCUCUGGGAACGCGUCCGCCCUUGCCUGAUCUACCAGAAGACAUGGACUACAGCGCAGCCGUUGCCGUUUUCAUCGCUACAACGGAAGUCGAUCCCGACAAGAGACCCCUAGCUUCCGAGGUCAUGAGUAUUUGGAAUGCUUGAAAUUGAUGACAAGAGUGCGCUCAUGCGAAAAAGAAAAGAAAAAUUCCUCUACAUAUAUUUUUUUACGCGUGUUCUCUUUUUGUAUAUUCUCCCCCUAUCUCCCUAUUUGUUUCGUUUAGAGUUCUGUGUAAUAAUAAUAGAAACCAGCGAUCGAUCCCGCAUUCCAAACCUGA